CAAAAGCUAAGCCUUGAUCAUUUACAGCACAUUACAUUUCCUUGUAGUUCUGGGAAGGUGACAUGCAAAUGUUUGUACAGUCAAGUACUUGAUGAACAGACUCCAUUUUCAAGCCUUUGCUUAGUUUGGUUAUAGCUUUUCUUGAGUUCAAAACGAGCGAGAAGUAGCAGAGAGAAAGAUGGCAAUGAAGAAUGAAGAGCAAGAACGGUCUUUGUUUGGAAUUUCUCUGACUGAUAGACCAAGGUGGAAACAAUUCCUCAUUUGCUCUUCUGGGUUUUUCUUUGGCUAUCUUGUUAACGGCAUAUGUGAGGAAUAUGUGUACAACAGGCUUCAGUUCAGCUAUGGCUGGUACUUUACAUUUGUUCAAAGCUUUGUGUAUGUUUUCCUGAUUUAUCUCCAAGGCUUUACUCCCAAGCAAAUGGUGAAUCCAUGGAAGACUUAUGUCAAGCUCUCUGCAGUUCUCAUGGGUUCCCAUGGACUCACCAAAGGGUCUCUGGCUUUUCUUAAUUACCCUGCACAGAUCAUGUUUAAAUCCACCAAGGUUCUUCCAGUGAUGGUAAUGGGUGCAUUUAUACCGGGUCUGAGACGCAAAUACCCAGCUCAUGAAUAUGCAUCUGCGCUACUUUUAGUUGCAGGUCUAAUCAUUUUCACUUUAGCAGAUGCAAAAACUUCACCUAAUUUCAGCAUCAUUGGUGUUUUGAUGAUAUCUGGUGCCCUGAUCAUGGAUGCUUUUCUUGGUAACUUACAAGAAGCUAUCUUUACCUUGAGUCCUGAAACAACACAGAUGGAGAUGUUGUUUUGCUCAAGUGUGGUAGGUUUGCCGUUCUUGAUCCCUCCCAUGGUUUUGACAGGAGAACUAUUCAAAGCAUGGAACUCAUGCUCGCAGCAUCCAUAUGUGUACGUUGUGUUGGUUUUUGAAGCCAUGGCCACAUUCAUCGGCCAAGUCUCAGUCCUUUCACUCAUUGCCCUUUUUGGUGCCGCAACCACAGCAAUGGUGACAACCGCGAGAAAGGCAGUAACGUUGCUGCUAUCAUACUUGAUAUUCACAAAGCCAUUAACUGAGCAACAUGGGACUGGACUUUUGCUUAUAGCCAUGGGGAUCACGUUGAAACUUUUGCCUGAUAACAAUCCUUACAAGAGGAGCUCAUCCUCGUUUACUAAAAAGGCUAAGAUCGAGAAACCUUCUACAAAUGAUGAAGAGAAGAGAGUAUUUCAAUUAGAAAUUGAAGCUGCAGAGGAUGAAGAGAAAAGGCCAUUGGUGUAGAUUUAAAAAGCUUUAAUUUAAGCUGUGUUUUUUUUCCUUCCAAUUAAGUGUUUACGUAAGAUUCUGACGGUCAAAUUAAAAUGUUAGCAUUGAACAUUUCAUAAAGUAUUUGUAUUUUCAUUUUUAUAAGUUGAACAUUCUCUUUUCUGGACAGAUUGCAAGCAAAAAAAUGUCAAAUCGUAGUUAAGAGCAGUUUACAGAGUAAAAGCAAUUUUAAUA